UGUUCCCCCUUUUCUCUCCCUCGCCUUGUUGUCGACGACUCAGUCCGCUGGCGUCUUUGGUGUACCCCGCACCACCAACCCCGAGAGUUUCUUUCCUGCUCCACCUUUUACCUCGCUUUUACCUCAAUGUCCCCCCCUCGUUCUUGUUGUCCCUGAGAAGACUCCCGAAAAGAUUUAUUGUCAAAUUUGUAUUGUAUCAUUUCCGAUGAUAUUGGUGUUUAUGUUAAAGCUUGAUUGUGAAGACUACUAAACAAAGAAAUCCCGAAAUAUCCUCAAACAGCCCUUGAAUUAUCGCCGGACUCAGGACUUUGCUGGGCCAUCUCGUGAUUUUGUUUUCUUCUCCUGUAUCUUCUUCUUCGUCUCUUCUUCUCAUCACUGUCCGUUCGCCCGUCCCUUGACGUCGCUCAAAGACGGCAUCGACUGUGGAGCUGUACUACAAUCAAGACUUGACUUGUUACUACCAGAACGAUAGCCGUUUGAAUUGUACAAUGGCUACCGUCGACAGCAAAGGCUUGCCCCAUGACGCCCCAUCCGUUACUCUCACGAUCCGCCUCCUCAUGGCUGGCAAGGAAGUUGGAAGUAUCAUUGGCAAGAAAGGCGAGAUCGUCAAACGUUUUCGAGAGGAGUCUGGUGCCCGCAUCAACAUUUCGGAUGGAUCCUGUCCGGAACGGAUCGUUACCAUUACCGGCACGACGGAUGCCAUCUUUAAGGCCUUCAACCUCAUUUGCAAGAAACUGGAAGAGGAAGUUGGUGGUCCAUUGGCAGGAACUGCCAUACCUAGACCACCCAUCACGCUCCGCUUGAUUAUGCCGGCUUCCCAGUGCGGUUCCCUGAUUGGCAAAGGCGGCUCAAAGAUUAAAGAAAUUCGAGAAAUCACUGGCGCCUCGGUGGUUGUGGCAUCGGAGAUGCUUCCCAACUCGACGGAGAGAGCUGUGACGGUGUCUGGAACAAGCGACGCCAUCACUCAAUGCAUCUACCAUAUUUGCUGCGUUAUGCUCGAGUCGCCACCGAAGGGAGCUACCAUUCCGUACCGUCCCAAACCUCAAGUUGGAGGACCCGUCAUACUGGCUGGAGGUCAGGCCUACACGAUCCAGGGCAACUACGCCGUUCCAGCUACGCCCGAUAUGAACAAAUUAUCUGGCAAUCCAUUGGCUAACUUGGCGGCUCUUGGUCUCGGCGGAUUGACUGGCACAGGUGGCGGCGGAUCCAUGAACGCCUCAGCUCUGGCAGCGCUUGCGGGUAGUCAACUUCGGUCUGGAGGAGGUGGAGGACCUCAGUCUGGUGCGCCUCAGCAAUCGCAAGAGAUGGCUGUACCUAAUGAACUUAUCGGAUGCAUCAUCGGCAAAGGAGGCACCAAAAUUGCUGAAAUUCGACAAAUCAGUGGCGCAAUGAUUCGCAUUUCCAAUUGCGAAGAUCGCGAAAGCAGCUCUGAAAGGACCAUCACUAUCACUGGCACAGCUGAGUCGGUGGCUCUGGCGCAGUAUCUCAUCAACACCAGUGUUGAACUCCACAAAGCGAAUAUGGAAAGUCGAUCGCAAGGUGGAGCUGGGGAAGCGACAAACCAGUCUGCGGUUGCAGCAGUAGCUGCUUCGUCUGCGCUGGCCAAUGCUUUGCCUUUGGCUCAGCUGCUGGCCAAACCGGGUGCCCUCAGCGCGUUGGGUCUUUCGGGGUUGACGGCCCUGACUUCGCUCUCUGAAAUUCUGACUGGCGCUGCGGCCCAGCAGCAAGCCCAACAGUCUGCCGUUCAGACUACGGGGGUUCACCGAAGUGGUCGCUCGGGAGGCUACGAACCCAAAGUCCGAUCUUCCACCGGCUCAUCGUCACCGCCAUCUGGCAACAUUAAGAAAGAUCGUAAUAAAUUUGCGCCCUACUAGUUUUGAACUCUUCUCCUUCAACUUCUCUUACAGUUUAGUGGGCCAAAUAAUAAGUUGUUAAAGGACUGGGAUGGUGUUAUGGGGAUAUCGAUCAGCUGGAAGUUUGUUCUUACGUUAUCUGACCACCACGUUCGUGUGGCUGUUUUCCCAUCUCUUCCCCUGAUACUAUUUGGAAGUUUUUGAGUUUAAUUUAAACGAGAUUUUUUUUCUGUCUUUUUGUUGAAAGUAAUUCGUAAAAGUAACAACAACUUUCUUUCUUGAAUUGUCAUUAUUCCACCGGUCCGUUGAUCUAGAAGAUAGUUCUCAAAUUUGAAAUCAUCAGAAUCAAGAGUGUUGUUUUUGCUUGUAUCAUACACGAAACUUAACAGUCGUUGGGUUCACUCUUUCUUGACUUUCUGAUGAUUUGAUUUUGAUCAUUUCCCCUCCCCACACCUCAAUUCUGUUUGUCAUUUCACGUUCUUAGAAAAA